AAGUGAUGGUCGCAUCACACCCAGACUAAGGACAAUCGGGCCAAAUAAGUGAUGGCAUGCGAUGCGCGUCGUUCCCUCCUAAUCUGACUUGUGGGUAGGCAAUUGAACGAGUCGACUAACCAGAAACGUGUUACCGUCCACGAGUCCGCCAGCGCAUACCCUGCAAGGCCGCUUCGCCGCUUCUGGCCUUACCUCGUUCGUGCACGUGUCCGCAUCCUCCGCCGCAUCCUGUGGUUCCUGCGUUUGUCGAGUAGAAGCUGAUCCGAACAGAACGGUGUAUCCGGUUCUGUUUUCUUCUGAGGCGCCUCGAAAGUGGUCGAACAGAACGCGGUAUUUUUUUCUGUUUUCUUUUUUCUCGCGUCUGACAUGGCCAGCGGCAACUCAAGGCUAACUGCCUCCUUGCGAGUGGCCUGCGCUGCGCUCCUUCGCACCUUGAAACCAUCCGCGGUAUCAGCAGCCCCGCUAUCCGUACUUCCAGAUCGCCGCUUCUUCGGAUCUUCAGCCGCUCACAGCGCCGCAAAUACCGCCGCGCCUCCUGCCGCCGCCGCUACCGCUGGCGCUGGCGAUUCCCGCCAUUUCAGCAGCGCCGUAGGAGGAGCAUCAGGCAGUGGCCCAGAUGGUGCCACGUGUCAACUGGAGGUUUGGAGCUGGGGCCGCGGGGAUUCCGGGCAGCUGGGGCACUGGGAGGAGAAUCCAGAGUGGGCCCCACGGCGAAUCGAAUCUCUGUCCCUCGAGAUCUCCGCGCUAGCUGCUGCUGGUGUUGCUGCUGCAGGCUCUGACGCAGCAGCAGCAGGGGGAGCAGCAUUGGGAGUAGCGGCAAAGGCAGGAGGAGGAUCAGCAGGAGAAGCACUAACAGGGCUAGCAGCCACAGGGCAAGCACGCACAGUCGCGAGCCGAAGCGCGGAUCUUAGUAGACUAAAGGAGGAGCUAAGGGCGGGAGUGUCUUGUGGAAUAAGCCACUCUCUCCUGUGGCUAGGUGGGAGGCUUUGGGUUUGGGGGAGAGGGGACGGGGGGAGGCUCGGGCUGGGGAACGAGCUCUCCCUCUACUUUCCAACCCUAAACCCUGAUUUCUCAGGGGCAGUAGUACGGAGUGCGGCGGCUGGUGGGUUGCAUUCCUUGGCAGUAUCUGAGGCGGGGGAGCUGUUCACGUGGGGAUAUGGAGGGUUCGGGGCGCUGGGGCAUGGGGAGUUCACCAGGAGGGAUGUGCCCUGCCACGUGGCGCCCUCUGAUUGGCUGGAGGAGGGCGUGGAGAUUAAAUCGGCAGCAGCGGGAGCCAGCCAUACCUUGGCUUUAACUACGGCUGGCGGGGUGUAUGCGUGGGGGAGGGAUGAGGGGGAGGGGAGGCUGGGAUGCCCGCAUAUAGUGGAGGCGUUAGGGGAGGAGGGGUGCGUGCCCCGGCCAAUCCCGAUAGAUUUUCCAGCCUCCCAGGGCCUGCCACGUGGCGGGCUCUCGUUGGUCUCCUGCGGGGGGUUCUUCUCUGCUGCUGUUGACUGCGACGGCAGCGUGUGGACGUGGGGAGGGAACCACAAUGGCGAACUGGGGAGGGCGGCUUCAGGGCUCCAUCCAGGUCGUGUCAAGACUAUCACAUCGCCCAUUACACAUGCAGCUGCUGGCGGCUUUCACACUCUUGCCGUCGAUGACGAGGGCUGCGUGUGGUCGUGGGGGCGGGGCGGCAGCGGCCAAUUGGGGCAGCACUCGCUGCUGACUCAGCCCAUGCCACGUGUCGUUCCAGGAUUGGCUGGAGUCAAGAUCGCCAGGGUGGCAGCAGGGAGUGCCUGGAGCGCUGCUGUCUCAGAGAAAGGGCAGCUUUUUGUGUGGGGGAAGAACUCUGACGGGCAGCUUGGACUGGGAGCUGGGCAGCCUAAAAUUAUCGACGAGCCGUGCGAGCUUUCGCUCCCGUCACUUCCGUUACUGUCACAUGAACAGGGAUUACUGUCCGCAAACAAUGGUGUUAAGCGCAUGGUUUUAGAUGUGUCUACAGGAACAAGCCACGGAGUGUGCAUAUGCUUGUGCGUACCUUCAUAACAAAGAUACACUGGUUUUCAUUGUGCUGAUUUCCAUACAGGUACUGCAAUUUCGUAGUCCCGCAACUUUCAAGGCAACGGGAAGUAUCUAUUUGAAGCGGAAACACUGUACACUG